AUGUUGCGCACCCAAGCUUUCCUAUCCCUGAGAAGGGCCACACGGUUUUAUGCGGCAGCAGCAACGUCAGCUGCCAAUGAACUGAAGUUGCAGUUUUCGUUGCCCCAUGAGACCCUGUACGAUGGGUCGACCGUGACUCAGGUGAACCUCCCGGCUCAGUCUGGUAAAAUAGGUGUGUUGGCCAACCACAUCCCAACAGUAGAACAACUGUCCCCAGGUAUAGUGGAAAUUCUGGAACAGGGGAAGAGUCCAAACAAGUAUUUUAUCUCCGGUGGGUUUGCUACAAUGCAACCUGAUUCAACACUUUGUGUCACUGCUGUCGAAGCGUUCCCACUAGAGUCAUUCUCGCCAGACAACGUGAGCUCGUUGCUAUCUAAAGCUAAGAACGAAUUGAACUCUCAAGAUGAAAGGGUUGCCACUGAAGCUAAGAUUCAGGUCCAUGUAUUGGAAGAACUGCAGGCAAGCUUAAAAUAA